AUGGAAGCGAUAUCCCUCGGUACUCGCGAGGUCCAAUCCCAGCAGCAGGUCAUUCGCUCUUUGCACUUUGAGAGUCGACAAGCCGGCUCCCUGGUUGGCUUCAGUCUGGAGUCGGAGUUUUCUGGGUUUCGGGCAGGCCCGGCUCCGAAAUCGCAGCUCGGGCUCCCGCGGACCUUACUAUUCGACAUCUUCUGCCAGUGCCCGCAGCUGGUCGGGCGAAUUGGCAAGAAACAGGUUUUGGGCCACACGGCCGAGGAUGGGCUCUCCGAUUCUGGAUGGACUUUGCCGACAUUACGAAGAGUCUUGGAAGAUAUUGCCGCCGAGUCAAACCUUCCGGCUAGGGUCUGUUUCUUCAUCGACGGACUGGAUGAGUAUCAGGGGGACCACAUAGACCUCUGUCGCGACCUAGUCGUACUAGGCAAGUCUCCCCAUAUCAAACUAUGUGUGUCAAGUCGGCCUUGGAACGAUUUCGAAGACUCGUUUGGCCAGGGCAUCGAGACCAAGCUCUACAUGCAGGAUGUCAACAGAGAGGAUAUCACAAAUUACUCUGCGGCGCGCCUAAGAGAGCACCCCUGCUGGGACUCAGUGCUGAAUUGGAGCCCCGAAACCGGCUGCCUCGUCGAGGAAAUCACUUUGCGCUCACGUGGCGUGUUCCUGUGGGUCUUUGAAUCAUCGAACGUUGUUCGACUGUUCCACGGGGAAGCUAGCAAACCCAUCUUUUCCGAUAACCUCGCCUUCUCGGUCCCAACCGCAAAGAGAGGCCAGGAGAGGCCAAGGGCCGUGGCCCGUGGGGGCCAGCGGUUACGGCUGCGUGCGGCUGUCAUACAUAUAGUGAGUCUGGCGGGGGCCUCCGUGUGGAAUAGCAGCAUCGGAUUUUGGGACGCCAAGACGGGCACAUGUAUUCGAAGGCUCGAGGGCGACGGUCCGCUGCUGGAGCGCCUUGAGUCAUCACCGGACAGGACACAACUCGCCUGGAGCUCAGGCGGCGGGACCGUGAACAUUUGGGAUGCCGUGGGUGACAACCUCCUCAUGUCACUCGCUUGGAAUGGCUCCUCGAGGCUGUGCUUCUCCCCCGACAACAAGGAUCUACUGUCGGCAUCGAGGGACGGAGGCGCCAGGAUCUGGAAUCUGAACACUAGGGAGCUCCACCUACCAAUACGUGGACAUCCUCGCAGCCAUGAGAUGGGAGCAUGGCAUCAGACGGGCACUAUGGACACUGAAAUUGUAGGAACACGCCACACAGAUGGCAAGGACACCUAUCAUUUCUUCAUGUUCCGACCGACACUGCCGAAGCUGCGCAGCGACUUGCAUAUUGUCAACCGGGUCCUUGAAUGCCAAAGUAUCACCCUGCCGCUCGAAAACACUCAUCGGGUCGGCACCACCGCUGGCAACGAGGAUACGGCACAUGUCCAAGUCGCCGUAGCGCGUGGCCAUGCGGAGAGGCUCCUUCCAGUGGCCGUCCGGUGCGGUAAUGCCGCACCGGACAUCUGCGUGUGCCUCUUCGAGCAAGAAUUUGACGACACUAUGCUUCGACCGCUCGAAAACAAGCAACUGAAUAGGCAUGUCAUCAUCUUCACCCGCCCUCCGGCGCCGGAGGCGACACCCCUUUUCCUGUACCACUGCUGCGCGCCUAGCCUCGAUUUCGACCUCUAG